AACUGAGCGUGAUCUCGCGGGCCUGUUGUGUCUGACGAGAGUCGCUGCGUGGGGGGGGGUUCGCUUUAUGUCAUCAGGAACGGAGCGAGAGGUGCGUUUACGCCGCUGUUUCUCACGCUUCUGCGGCGUCUUCCAGUCGUUUCUUUCCAAAUACAUUCGUUUAACGACCUCGCACGAGCGCGGGAUUCCGACAGGGUUCUGAGGAUGAUGAUGCGGCGGUGUUGUUGUGCUCUCGUGCAGCUGAGGAGACAGAUGGACCGUAGCACCGUCGAUGAAAACGGCCCCGUACCUCUCUAACUGGUUGUCUUACCGCACUAGCCGUUAAACUCCCGCAGUCGAGAGCUUCUUGGAGAUGGAUAUGUGGACAUCGAGCGGCAGCAGGGCCUCCGGAUGGCGAACAAACCGCGAGGAUCUGUAGCCUGCUAGCUAACGCAAGACAGAGAAGAAGAGCGCAGUCACCGUGUGUGGAGGAUGAUGAGGAGCGAGCUUCAGCCCUGAGCUCUCACCAGGAGGAAGAUCAGGCACAGAUCCUGGUCUCUGAUGAGCUCGUGUCGCUCUCCGGAGCUGCUGGACCUCUAGCCGUGACUGUUCACUGAUCGAGACACUAGCUCAGUUCUUCUCGCGUCUGUCUGUCACAGUCAGCGGAGAUGGAUAAACUCACCAUCAUUUCAGGAUGUCUCUUUCUGGCUGCGGAUAUCUUCGCCAUAGCGAGCAUAGCCAACCCAGACUGGAUCAACACUGGCGAGUCAGCAGGAGCUCUUACUGUGGGGCUGGUGCGUCAGUGUCAGACCAUUCACGGACGAGAUCGAACCUGCAUCCCCCCUCGACUCCCUCCAGAGUGGGUCACCACGCUCUUCUUUAUCAUCAUGGGCAUCAUCUCCCUCACGGUCACCUGUGGCCUGCUGGUGGCCUCGCACUGGCGCCGAGAAGCCACCAAGUACGCCAGGUGGAUCGCCUUCACAGGAAUGAUCUUGUUUUGUAUGGCCGCCCUCAUCUUCCCAAUAGGAUUCUACAUCAAUGAAGUAGGGGGACAACCGUACAAAUUACCCAACAACACAGUGGUGGGCUCCUCUUAUGUACUGUUCGUGCUCUCCAUCUUCUUCACAAUAGUGGGGCUCCUGUUUGCGGGGAAAGUCUGUCUUCCUGGCUGAGGGGACGUUCCCAGGAGUCACAGCUGCGGUGUUCAAAGUUGAGACCGAGAGAAGCGGCACUCCUUGAGAAGGGCCAAUGACAGGGGGUGGUGGUUUAGGGUAAUAACUCAUGAAACUGCGAAACUAAACAGACGAUUGCUGCACACACUACGUACGAGUGCCUCCGCCCAACCUGAGUUAAUCCCGUGCUGUCUUUAUGUUGCACCUUUGAGUUUCAACCCCAAGGAUCGGGGCGUUGGAGUACACACAGCCUCUUCCGGAAAGGACUGAGCGCAUCCACAGCGCCUGCUUCCAGUACUACUUUACUUUGGAAUAUAGUUCAUUUAUGUUUGCAGAUGUUCAAACAAUUGCGCCCUCUGCCUGUGUGGAGAGGACAGACAAGAAAUGGUGGAGAAUGGACCGGGCGCUCAGUCCAUCUAGAGGGGCUACAACAGGACUCCCAAAUUCUCUCGAGAGCUGGCCUGGACACUGCACGUUUACAAAAGAGGGAAAAUAAAAAGGGAACAGUAUUAAGAACAAUUUUUCUCGCGAGCUACAUGAGGCGAACGCUCCAGGACUGCCGGUCAGGACCCUGCAAGGCUGUGCCUCGCUCUUACACGCUCCGAUAUUGAUGGACGCGUCUCUGAAUCUGACCUCAUGCCAAAAUAAACUCCCGCCUGAGCUCACGUGAGUUUGGCUCAGUCACAGGCGGAUGUAUUAGUACUUUGACUCUACACCUGCUCAUCUCUUCUUGUUUUGAUCUCGGGGGUUUACAGAGCCCUUAUUUGUUUGCUUUGAUUUGCUAAUGUGCCAUAAACCUGUUUUGAUGUAUGGAUGCUAAGGGCAUGAGUUUGGCUUUAGGGAGCAGUAUAUGCCAUUUCAGUAGGUGAAGCACUACAGAUGUACAAAAAUGAACUCCUUACCUCAUUAUUUUGCAAAUUCAGAAUGAUUUUCCCCCCACCAUGACAAAAUAUGUGCCAUUUAAGUUAUGUUCAGCCUUGGUCAUGGACGUUUUGUUCAAAUGCUGCGAUCUUGGCAAAUUAUUUAUCUGACACUGAAUAAAAAGGAGCUCAAGAAUGCUCUGUUUUUAAUCCGUUCCCCAUUAUGUAAAGCCAUAAGUGUUUGUUUAUGAUGGAUGUGUGAUAUAUGAAGGUUACAUUUUGCCCACAAGCUGUUGUUUUCAAAGUGCGUGCUGUUUUAUUUGAAUGUGCUUGUUUUGUUGAAUCCACUUAAGAAAGGUCAUGCUCACAGUCGCCUUUACAUUCUUUCCUAAAUCAAUUUCAUUAAUGCUUUGAAAGACUGCAUUUUCCUGGGAAACGUUCAUUUUCAUUAUACGGAUGGCAGACAGGUAAAGUAUAUUUAUUCAGAUUUGAGAUGAUUCCCGUAAAUAUAUGGGCUAAAAACAUGCACCCUUUGUUGGAAGAAUUGAUAAAAAAAAAAAAAAAAAGCUGCAUUCAGGCGAGAUGUGUACGAUUGCUUUUGGCAAGAGAUGUGACUCGGCAUCGCACUGGGACCUAAAUGAAUGUGAACUGUGAGAGCGACGGUGGACGGCUUGUGUGCUAAAGACUGCUUCUGCUUCGGAUAUUUUUGGAAACCCAUCAUAAAAUGGAAAAAAAGUACAUAUAGGGGAAUAAAAAGCUGUUAUUUAAAAGGGAAGGAAACAAUGUAUUAUCUAUCAAAGGAUGUUAGCAGUCGUUGUGCACUGUUACUGUUAACAGAUCUGUAUUACUGACAGACAGCUGUUUUCUCUGCUUCUCUCUGUUUCAGUAUCUCACUGUAUACAAUAAAGGCAUUAAAGAAGGCCACCUGCUUCAGUUCAA